CAGAAGAUAGGCGACCGCAAUUGUCGGGCAGCGGACGACAACUUGCAUUAAAAACAGGAAAAAUGGCCUGAUUUCAGUGCAUCAGUCUUUUUCAACGAUCAUGGUUGCUCAGAAGUGAAUCGUCUUUUCAAUUUGAUUCAUUGCUACCUAUUGGAUCUAUCAGUAAUAUUACUGUGUCCAUCACCUCAACACCAUAAAGAUUCCAAGACUGAAAGAGACUUCCACAGAUCUAUCAGUAAUAUCACUGUGUCCAUCACCUCAACACCAUAAAGAUUCCAAGGCUGAAAGAGACUUCCACAGAUCUCUCAGUAGUGGUUCUGUAUAGGCCAUUACCUCAGAGAUCCAUCCAGGGAAUGCUAUUUCCUCAUCUAAACUUAAGUGAAGCAGAAGUUGAAAAUUGAGACAGGAUGCAUUCAUUAAGAUUUGCAUCCAGUCUAACAGAACAGAUUGCAGCUUCAACCUUACAUAGAGUUAAAACGGCUUCCUCACUACGACCGACCAUUGCCUUCAAAUGCUCUAAAUGUGGUCAAGUGGUUAGAAAUUUCACACAAACCAAGAUCAACUUGUGCACGAUAAAUGAAGUGACUACAAAGACAAAGACCAUAGUGAAAUAUCGUAAAACCAAGUAUUUUAUAGCAAGUUUAGGUCUAGGAUCGCUUGGAUUUGGUGCUUACUACAUCUCUCUCACAGAACAGAACAGACGUAAAAUUCGUGUGUUACUAGGUGGCUGUGUCAGAUUUUUACGGUCAUUAAAGAUAGGACUUCUUAUAUCUGCUGACUAUAAAUGGAGCCUUUGGAAUCUAGACGAGAUGUCGGAAGAGUAUGAUCAUGCCAUCCGACCCUGCCAUAAGCGGGCUGCAGAGAGGAUGCUGGUAGGGUGUCUUCAGAACGGUGGUUUAUAUGUUAAAUUAGGACAGGGCAUGGUAUCUAUGAACCACAUCCUGCCCCGAGAAUACAUUGAAUCACUGGUUGUACUCCAGGACAAAGCCCUCAGCAGGCAGCCCCAUGAGGUAGAACAACUGUUCAAGGAAGACUUCGGCAUGACUCCACAAGAGAUGUUUGCCGAGUUUGAGGAAGAACCCAUUGCUGCUGCUAGUCUUGCUCAAGUUCACAGAGCUGUGACAAAGAAAGGAGAGAAAGUGGCUGUCAAGGUCCAGUAUAUUGACCUCCAGGACCGUUUCUAUGGUGAUAUCAAAACCUGUGAGAUUAUACUGGAGUUGAUUGGCUGGCUACAUCCCAAGUUUGGGUUCGCAUGGGCGCUUCAGGAUUUAAAAGGAACUCUGGAGUUGGAGUUGGACUUUGUCAAUGAAGGUAAAAAUGGAGAGCGAUGCUUAAAGGAUCUCCAACACCUGAACUAUGUUUAUGUACCUACGAUAUACUGGAACAUGACUACCAAAAGAGUACUAACUACAGAAUACAUUGAAGGCUGUAAGGUCAGCAACUCUGGUGCGAUCAAAGAUAUGGGUCUCUCUCUGAAAGACGUGGAUCAGAAACUGGUAAAAUGCUUCUCAGAGCAGAUAUUUCUCACUGGAUUUGUUCAUGCUGAUCCUCACCCUGGAAACGUGUUUGUACGGAAGGGUAAAGACCAAAAAGCAGAACUUGUCCUUCUGGACCAUGGCCUAUAUGAUAUCCUAACUCCUUCCCAUAGACAAUCCCUGUGUAACCUGUUCAAGGCUAUUGUUAUGCAGAACGAAGAAAACAUGAAGAAAUAUUCACUUGAACUCGGGGUUGAAGAUUACCGGAUUUUUUCUAUGAUGGUAAAACAGGGUCCUAUUAAGUUCAGGAAUCAUUCUUUCUUUCGUCAUCAUAUAACAUCAAAACGAGAGUUUUACAAGCUGCCGAAGGACAUCCAGGUCGAGUGGAAGGAGGACUAUGAAAAGAUGUGGGAAAGAUUUCGAGAAACCUUCAAAGACAUGCCUAUGUGCUUGUAUUUCAUUUUCAGGAAUAUGAAUACUAUUCGAGCUAUCUGUAGAGAACACGGACAUGUGGUAGACAGAUAUGGAAUCAUGGCUAGGAGUGCUAUAACAGGCUGUCAGAAAACAGGAGAGUUCCACAUGUCACUGUCUGGGCGGGUACGAGCCUGGUGGGAGCGUUUUAUUUAUGAUUACAACAUACAGCUGGAGAAGAUGAAGAUGUGGGCAGGAGUUCUCUACAUACGGAUCAUGGCGUACUUUGGCCGCAUGCCUGAUUUGGAAAAAAUUAAGAAAGUUGUUAAGGAAACACAGGAAAAGAAUAGAACAUUCAACAGUGAUGUGUACACGUGACAACCUUUGACCUAUAAACGUCAAGCAAAAUAUAUAUACAUGGGCAUUAAUAGUUCAUGUUAUUUGAACUCUGUGGGUAGAAAGAUGUCACCCAUGAUUGGAUUUUAUGUGUGCUGGAUUAGACAAGUGACAGCCUUCUUGAUCAGAGAUGUCCUUCAGUGUGUCACACAGAUUAGAGAGGUACUCUGUGAUGGAAAGUGAACACAGGCACAAACAGAGAUUGUGUCAGCGAUGAGAACCAUUUAUAGCUACACCAAACAGACCACAGAUUGUGUCAGCGAUGAGAACCAUUUGUAGGUGACCCAAAGAUCCAUUUCAAAAUGUAUUAUCCUAUUCAGACAAUGAAUUGUAUUCUUCACUUCACAUAUUGAAUCAAAAGUAAUUUUCACUACAUGUUUUAAUUUGCUGUUUUCUUAACAGUUGAUACAAAGUCAAAUUCUGAUUUGUUCCCUGUAGUAAUUUUAGAUUCUAUUUAUGUACUCAUUAUUUUCUCACUAAUUGUGUUUUUCAAGUGGCAGAAAAUUAAUCAAUGUGUUCUUAGCAUUUUGUCUGUUUUUAUCCAAAUUAUUGAUAGAGGAUUUAUUUUAUAGGUGAAGAGGUGAAAAGUCUGACAGUUCACCUAAUGAUUUGUUGUGUCUAUUACAAGUAUGUAAUGUGCACAGAGAUGAUAUUUAUUGAGUGACCUGUUCUAAAGAAAACCAGUACAUACCUGGUAUAUCUGAUAAAAUGAUUAUCAGAUAAAUAAAACAAUAUAAAGUUUAUACAAUAAAUUAAGUUAUACAUG